AGCCAAGUACAGUGUGGUGACAUUUCUACCUCGAUUCCUGUAUGAGCAGAUAAGAAAAGCUGCAAAUGCUUUCUUCCUCUUCAUUGCCUUACUGCAGCAAAUUCCAGAUGUCUCUCCAACAGGAAGAUAUACCACCUUGGUGCCAUUGCUAUUUAUUUUGACAGUUGCUGGCAUCAAAGAAAUCAUAGAAGACUAUAAAAGGCAUAAGGCAGACAAUGCAGUGAAUAAAAAGAAAACAAUAGUUCUAAGAAAUGGGAUGUGGCAGAACAUUAUGUGGAAAGAGGUAGCAGUAGGCGAUAUUGUGAAGGUCACCAAUGGGCAACAUCUUCCAGCAGACAUGAUCAUUAUAUCUUCCAGUGAACCACAGGCCAUGUGCUAUAUUGAAACAGCUAAUCUUGAUGGGGAGACGAAUCUUAAAAUACGACAGGGCUUGUCUCAAACUGCCAGUCUCCAGUCCAGAGAGGAAUUGAUGAAAGUAACUGGAAGGAUAGAAUGUGAAGGACCCAACCGUCAUCUUUAUGAUUUCACUGGAAACUUGCGUCUAGAUGGUCAAAGUCCAGUUCCUAUUGGUCCAGACCAGAUCUUGCUGAGAGGUGCACAACUGAGAAACACUCAGUGGGUCUUCGGUAUUGUUGUGUAUACAGGACAUGAUACAAAACUCAUGCAGAAUUCAACCAAAGCACCUCUGAAGAGAUCAAAUGUGGAGAAAGUGACCAACAUGCAGAUCCUGGUUUUGUUCUGUAUUCUCCUGGUAAUGGCCCUUGUCAGUUCUGUAGGUGCCUUAUUGUGGAACAGAACACAUGGUGAAGUCGUCUGGUACCUUGGCUCCAACAAAUUGCUGUCUGUCAACUUUGGAUACAAUCUGCUGACCUUUAUAAUCUUGUACAACAACCUUAUUCCAAUCAGCCUUCUGGUGACAUUGGAAGUUGUCAAGUUUACUCAGGCUCUUUUUAUAAAUUGGGACAUAGAUAUGUAUUACUCUGAAACAGAUACACCUGCAAUGGCCAGAACCUCAAACCUUAAUGAGGAACUUGGGCAGGUAAAAUACCUGUUUUCUGAUAAAACAGGUACUCUAACAUGUAAUAUCAUGAACUUUAAGAAAUGUAGUAUUGCUGGAGUGACAUAUGGUCACUUUCCUGAGCUGGAAAGAGAACGUUCAUCAGAAGACUUCAGCCAGCUACCUCCUUCCACCAGUGAAUCGUGUGAAUUUGAUGACCCAAGACUGCUGCAAAACAUUGAAAAUGAUCAUCCCACAGCAGUGCACAUACAGGAGUUCCUCACGCUGCUGGCUGUGUGUCAUACUGUUGUUCCUGAAAGACAAGGAAACACGAUAAUCUACCAGGCCUCCUCUCCAGAUGAAGGGGCCUUAGUGAAAGGAGCAAAAAAGCUUGGUUAUGUCUUCACAGGACGGACUCCACAUUCGGUUAUCAUUGAUGCGCUGGGAAAAGAAGAGACCUUUGAAAUUCUUAAUGUGCUGGAGUUUUCCAGCAACAGGAAGAGAAUGUCGGUGAUUGUUCGAACUCCAGCAGGACAGCUACGUCUCUACUGCAAAGGGGCUGAUAAUGUAAUUUUUGAGAGGCUUUCAAAAGAUUCCCAGUAUAUGGAGCAAACACUGUGCCAUCUUGAAUACUUCGCAACAGAAGGUCUGAGGACAUUGUGCAUUGCUUAUGCAGAUCUGUCAGAGAACUCUUAUAAAGAGUGGUUGAAUGUCUACAACGAAUCCAGUACAGUUCUCAAAGACAGAGCUCAGAAGCUGGAGGAAUGCUAUGAGAUCAUUGAAAAGGAUUUGCUGCUUCUUGGAGCUACGGCCAUUGAAGACCGACUGCAAGCAGGUGUUCCAGAAACAAUAGCCACACUAAUGAAGGCAGAAAUUAAGAUAUGGAUUCUGACGGGUGACAAACAGGAAACAGCUCUCAAUAUAGGAUAUUCUUGCAGACUCAUUUCACAGAGUAUGUCUCUCAUCCUGGUCAACGAAGAUUCGCUAGAUGCAACAAGAGCUUCUCUGACUCAACAUUGUACCAGUCUGGGGGAGUCACUGGGCAAGGAAAAUGAUAUUGCCCUGAUUAUUGAUGGCCAGACACUGAAGUAUGCCCUUUCAUUUGAAGUCAGGCAGAGCUUUCUGGACUUGGCACUCUCCUGUAAAUCAGUCAUUUGUUGCAGGUAA